UUAACGUUCGCCUGACACCUCUCUCCAAAGAUUCGCGACGUUUCUCAACAAACCAGAUUUGGUCUCCAUAAUCUCUCUUUUCCUUUAAACACGGUUUUACGGGGGUUUCGCAUGUUUUUCCCUCGCUAUUAUCACCAUUUCUCUCUUCCUGCAUAAUCACCCGAUAUUUCAACCCAAAACUUGACACAUAGGCACGACGCGCCUCUUGAACACGCAUCAACGCAUACUCUACCAAUAACUGGCGACCUAAUACGCGAACUCACCGUUGCCGAUUUGGGUUGGUGUUGGGGCUAUUUUGUCGAGCAGCCUCAAGUUUGUAAUCAAGCUUGUCCAAGAUCGAUAUGGCUCCUCAAGAUAGCUUCAUCGAUGAUGAAGAGGAUACCUGCCCUCUGUGCAUAGAAGAGUUCGAUCUUUCCGACAGAAACUUCAGGCCAUGUCCCUGCGGAUAUCAAAUCUGUCAGUUCUGCUACAAUAAUCUGAAAAACAACCUGAACGGAUUAUGUCCCGCAUGUCGACGGCCUUACGACGAAAAAGACAUCAAGUGGAAAGUGGUUACUCAUGAAGAGGAGGCUGAAUUCCGAGCAAACAUUCAGAAGAACCAGAAGAAGCGAGCAACGGAGCAACGCCAAAAGGAAGUUCAGAAGCGCGAAGCCGAAAAGGAAAGCCGCAAGAAUCUUCAGGGUGUCCGCGUCGUACAAAAGAACCUUGUUUACGUCACAGGUUUAACACCUACUGUACGCGAAGACGAGCUGCUGAAGACGCUCCGCAAGCCUGAGUUCUUCGGCCAGUAUGGCAACAUCCAAAAGAUUUCGAUCAGUAACCGCAAGACUGCCGAUGGGCAACCUCAAUCGCUAGGUAUCUACGUCACAUUCGAGAAGAAGGAAGACGCCGCCCGGUGCAUACAAGCCGUACACGGCUCGCAAAAUGGCGAUCGUAUUUUAAAGGCGCAGCUAGGAACGACCAAGUACUGCUCGGCAUGGCUUCGGCAUGAACAAUGUGGAAACCGACAAUGCAUGUUCCUUCACGAGCUUGGUGACGAAGAGGACAGUUACUCCCGGCAGGACCUCUCGUCGUUGAACAGUGUUCAUACCCAACGGCCUCUCUCGAAUAAUGCGUCUUCGUCGCGCUCCGCAUCACGACAACAGGCUCCAUCGCAUCCGCCGGCUGCCGGAUCACAACCCAUGGUCCGCACCUCUAGCAAGGAAGGCUCGGAUGCUGGUGAUGGCCCUGCUCUACCACCCUCGGCGAAUUGGGCACGCACCACCCAGCAGCGAAGUAGAAGAGGAAGUCAUGCUACUAGCGGUGCUGCCUCGAGUCCUGCUAUAUCUACUUCAUUGCCUGUCACUAGCGAGUCUGCGCAAGAGACAAAUGAAUCUGCGGUGGUUACAGAGCCGCCUCCUUCGACUUCCGCUUCUCGGAAAGCUGAGAAACAGCCGGCAACUGAGGCACCUGCUAAGACCACACCUACUACUGCUGCUGUCACUGCUAAAUCAACAAGUGAAGACGAUAUACCCGAUUUUAGUAUCAUUCUAAAGCACCUUUCUGAGUACCCGGAAAGCGCCUUUGCGCCGAUCAAAGACGCUGGCGAUGACUAUCCCCCUUUAUUCGACGUCAAUGGGGGUAAACGAAGACGAGCUAUGAGAGACGAAGAAGAGAAUCGUCUAGGCGAUCAUGAAGAACAGGUCGAUAACCUGGAGCCCUCUGAAGGCGAACCUGAGAGCGGUAGUCUCGCCUUAGGGGGUGAACCUGAAGAUAGAGAUCAAGGCCGUAAUAGUGGUCGCUUCGACCAGAGACGAAAUCCGGCACAGCCCCCGAUCCAACGGACGAACACAAACGACUUGUUCGGACCAACCUUAUCUGGAUACGGUUCAACUGCCUCAGCCGUCGGUUCUGGUGGAGGCCGCACUAUCACGCCACAGCUAUUCGUUCGACCCCAGAAUAGUUUCGCCGAUCAGAUGCCGCCCGGUAUCUUACCACAAUCAUCUUCGCUCUUCCAGGGCCAAGGACAUAGUCGCCAGCAGUCUAGAUUCAGCUUUGCGAAUGAAAACAACUCGAGCUCGAUCAAUGUGAAGUCAACUGGUGACCCGCGGUACAUGGCUCAGCAAUCGUCGAUGAUGCCGUCCACGUAUCGUUCGCAGCCGGGCAAUCAGCUAUAUCCUUCAUCCAUACCGGGACCUCCGCCAGGACUUAAGUCGGCUGGCUCAACGCCUGUUAACGGUGGGAUGUUCAGCCAAGGAAAUUCGUUUGGGGGAUCGGUGUUUGGUGUAGGAUCCAAGGACACUUCGAGUGAGCUACUCCAGUCCAUUAUCCGCGGAAGAGGUGCGGGAAGCACCCAGGCCCACGAGGCGGCAAAGCGUGAGUACUUCCCUUUUAGUAAUCAAUACCCGUCUUCCUCCUCCUCCACCCCAGCUCCUGCUCCGGCUCCGGGCCUAUUGGCAUCGCUCCACGGUUCCCAGCCUGGGGCUUUCCAAGAUUUCGGACCAAAGCAGAAGAAGAAGGGGAAGAAGCACAGACACGCUAACACUUCCUCCUCUGGGGGGAGUGGCUUAGUAGAUCUUGCGGACCCGAGUAUCCUGCAGGCGAGAAUGCAACACCAGCAACAGGGAACCAGUACCGGAGUCGGACAGGGGCUAUACGGUGGACAAAACCAAGGUGGGUACAACCCCAGCAUGGUGUAUGGGAGCGGCGUAUACAGCAGAUGGUAAAGAAGGGUGGCAUAUUUGAUUUUAUUCAUUUGACUGGCUGGCUUCCACAUGGCUACGUCGGGGGCGUCUUAGGUUUUUCGGAAUGGGCAAAGGAAAUUAAUCGGAAUACUCCGUCAACUUUUUUUAAGCGAGCAUUGCAGAGGCAUGGCCCAGGGAGGGUCUAGGUUGCAUUUGGGCGUCGAGUAUGCGAUUGGAAACGACGAGGCCUUGCGCGAACAGUGCUUGCCCUUUUUUUGCUGAAGAUACUUGAUUUCUGGCGCUAUUCAUUUGUUGUUCGCUCGCAUCAUCGGUUACAUGGGUCACGUUCAGGCAAGCCGUCGUCGUUCUUCCACAAAGUUCUUCAUGUACGUUAACCCACAGGUCGAUCCUCCAGACCAGACCUGAGAAGCUGCUCUCAAAUAUAGCAUUUCUUCCUCAUACCCAGUUGCUAUAGUC